AAGGCGCGCAGGCUUGUGCUCGCUGGGACUGCAGAGCUGGGGUGGCUGCUUAGCUCGCACUUUAAGGGGAUUGCUUCAAGCAGGUCCCGCAGCUGCAGAGAUCCCAGCUCCUCCUCCUUCUCUUCCUCCUCUUCCUCCUCCUCCUCCUCCUCCUCCUCCUCCUCCUCCUCUUCCUCCUCCUCUUCUUCCUCCUCCUCCCCUCCUCUUCCCUCUCUUUUCCUCCUUCUCCCCACCUCCUCUUCUUUUUUCUUGAUCUGCUUCGUCCUCCUCCUCCUCCACCUCCUCCUUCUUGCCCUCGUCCUCAUCCUCCUCCCCUUCCUCCCUCUGCUCCUCCCCAGUUACCCACGCGUCUCAGAUAGCCCAUCAUAGAGGGACAGCGACUUCAGAUUAGCCAGAGGCACAAUAAGCAGAGCAAGGCGCAUUUGGAGACGCGGGACACUUGGGGAAGGGGGGGGGGGUGCGGAGUCGCUCUUGGAAAGGGGGCGCAUCGUUACCUCUAUCCCUUGACACUCACUCACUCACUCUCUCUCACUCUCUCACUCUCUCUCUCUCUCUCUCUCUCUCUCUCUCUCUCUCUCUCUCUCCCUCUCUCUCCUGCCUUUCGGUAUUCCCUAGCUCCUCCCCUUCCCUCCCCUCUUCGGGAGAGGCACCGGCGGAGUUUGAGGAGGUAGAGAACCCAGCCCGCAGACUUUCCGACCUCCUUGCUUCGCGCAGCGCCCAUAGCCGAAGGCUCUAGCCCCUGAACCCGAGACCAAGCGACCAUGCCAACCGAGUGAAGGCGCCCAGAGGGGCAUUGGCUACUGCCCUCCUCCCUAGGUUUCCGGGCUCGACAUUUAACCACCGCUCCCAAACCUCCCCUUCUUCCCAAACCCCUGCAGCUCUGCCCCUCAGUGACUGAGACCUCUAGCUAUCCUCCCGCGGCGCCUCCAGCUCCCUCUCCCGCGUCUCAGCCACAGCCUCUUCUUCGUUUUCCUCGUCGCUCCGGCCCGGGGGCCCGGCCCCGCCGAGAUGCUCUUCCACAGCUUGUCGGGUCCCGAAGUGCACGGGGUUAUCGACGAAAUGGACCGCAGGGCCAAGAGCGAAGCGCCAGCCAUCAGCUCAGCCAUAGACCGGGGCGAGACGGAGACGACCAUGCCGUCCAUCAGCAGUGACCGGGCCGCGCUCUGCGCGGGCUGUGGAGGCAAAAUCUCCGAUCGCUACUACCUACUGGCAGUGGACAAACAGUGGCACAUGCGUUGCCUGAAGUGCUGCGAGUGUAAACUCAAUCUGGAGUCGGAGCUCACCUGCUUCAGCAAGGACGGCAGCAUUUACUGCAAAGAAGACUAUUACAGGCGGUUCUCUGUGCAACGCUGUGCCCGCUGUCACCUGGGCAUCUCAGCAUCAGAGAUGGUGAUGCGAGCCCGAGACCUAGUUUACCAUCUCAACUGCUUCACCUGCACCACGUGCAACAAGAUGCUGACCACGGGUGAUCACUUUGGAAUGAAGGAUAGCCUGGUCUACUGCCGGCUGCACUUCGAAGCGCUGCUGCAGGGUGACUACCAGGCCCACUUCAACCAUGCCGACGUGGCGGCAGCCGCAGCAGCCGCAGCAGCAGCUGCAGCCAAGGGCUCGGGUUUGGGCACUGGCGGGGCCAACACCUUGGGCCUCCCUUACUACAACGGCGUGGGCACAGUGCAGAAGGGUCGGCCACGGAAACGGAAGAGCCCAGGGCCUGGGGCGGACCUGGCUGCCUACAAUGCAGCACUGAGCUGUAACGAAAAUGACGGGGACCAUCUGGACAGGGACCAGCAGUACCCCAGCAGCCAGAAGACUAAGCGAAUGCGGACCUCCUUUAAACAUCACCAGCUAAGGACGAUGAAGUCCUAUUUUGCUAUUAACCAUAACCCUGACGCCAAGGAUUUGAAACAGCUCGCACAGAAGACGGGUCUCACCAAAAGAGUCCUCCAGGUCUGGUUUCAGAAUGCCAGAGCUAAAUUCAGGCGGAACCUUCUACGCCAGGAGAACACAGGGGUGGACAAGACCUCAGACUCCACACUACAGACGGGGACCCCAUCGGGCCCAGCCUCAGAGAUUUCCAACGCAUCCAUGAGCCCCUCCAGCACCCCCACCACCCUCACGGACUUGACUAAUCCCACAAUGCCAACUGUGACGUCUGUCUUAACUUCCGUGCCUGGGAGCCUGGAGGGCCAUGAGUCCAGGAGUCCCACACAGACAACUCUUACAAACCUUUUCUGAUGACGCUUUCCCAAUAAUUUCUUUAAAAAAGAAAUUAUCCUUUAGUUGAAUUCCAAGUGUAUUUUAAAUAGAGGCUUUGAGCAACUAACUAACCACAUUUUAGGAUCUCGCCUGGAAACAGAGGGGGAAAAAAUGAGUGUUCUGGUAACUACAGAGUGUGGACUGAAAAUUAACUUGGAAGAUCUAUCCGCAACACAACAUUUGUGUAACUGUACAGUUUUGUGGACUGACUGAGCAAGGAAAACAAGAAUUAAUUUAAGUUGGCUAGAGCUUCUUGUAUUUCAAAGACUGCCACGUGCCUUAUAUACUGUUUUAUCUACAUACUGGAUUUCCCAUGUCCAUUUUCUCUCUUGCCUCCUUUUCUCUCUGUAUAUUUAUGACCAGAGCAAAAAUGUUUAAAAAAAAGUUUGUUACUUUGAAUAGUUCUACAAGCAAACAAAAAACACAGACACACGCACAUGCGCGCGCACACACACACACACACACACACACACAAACACACAAAGACACCCCUUCAUUGGUUCUGUUGUUGUUUUAGAAUUUUAAGGUGGACGUCUGUUCGAAUAUCAGAAUUUGUAAAAUCUAACCAGUAAUAAAACCACUUAUCGAAACUA